AUGGCCGAGAUGCUUCGUGUUUGGCGGGUGUCGGGUGAAGAGUUGGUUGCCAUGCCUUCGCAAGAGUUGGAGGAGAUGGCGGAUCUUGGCGCACUGAAGCAACACUUGCAAAAAAAUCUGCGGCUGGCCCAGGUCUAUGCUGCAGAGCUUCUUCACGACGGCAUGAUUCCAGCACUUCCCAGGAGCAAAGUGGUGGGCGAUAUGGACGUCGUGGUCUUUCUCUUGAACGUGGGAGCCGACAAGGACCUGACGAACGGGGCCCAUCACCCCUCUUGUGCUGCUUGUGUUGGAGGGAGCGAGCCCGUCGUUGCAACGCUACUACAGGCUGGAGCAGACUCGGAUAUUGGCGCGCCCCUGUGGAUUGCACAUCGGGCUGGCAAUGACCUCCUCGUGCAGGUGCUACUCGAUCACCGCGACGCAGCUGGCGUGUGGCUGCGACGCGGCUGGUACGAAAACUCCCAAUACGAUGAGCAGGUCGAGGUGGCGCUAGUGGAGCUGACAGCCUUAGUUCGAGACAACUACCGGGUGGAUCCUGCCAGGGUGAGCCUCAUCGGCUCCUCCAUGGGUGCCUACGCGUCUCUGGAGUUGACGGCGCGGAACCCGUAUCUCUUCAGGGCGGCUGUGCUCGUGGCAGCACACUACGACCUGGAGCCCAUGGGGCCCUUGGUGCUGAAGCUGGCUGAGCAAGAGCUGCCGAUGUGGUUCAUCCACGCCGAGAAUGACAAUGUGUGUCCCUUCGAGGAGAUCGAGGUGCUGGUGCGGAAACUGAGGUGGUAUUCGCGCGCGGAGAUUCGUCUCACCUGCUACGAGGACACUUGGAGCGGUCAGGGACACUGUGCUGACCGUGUCGCCUUCUGGGCCUACAGUUGGGACCCGGCAGUUCCAGCCUGCGGCGAGGAAGUCUUUACCUGGCUGAGCGGCCUGUAG